ACUUCUUCAAAACAUAGAUGGUUUUGUACAAAGUAUUUUCAGUCCUCACUAGCGUAUAUAAACCAUGUUCCUCUCCAAGUUGAUCUGCGUGUGGUGAGCUCUAUCAUUCUACCAGUGCCUCGAAUCUUAAAGAAAAGUCCAUAACUUUAAAGAGGGAAACGUUCAUGUCUAGUUUUAUAGUCUUUAUUUCAGUGGACAAUAAAAUACAGUACCAUACAAAAUGAAAGAUAUAACACAACCGGUUUUACUCGUAUGGUCCUUGAUGUUCAUUCAUGAUGGUUUAGCAGCCCAAUGUAAUCUGGAGGAUUGGAGUAGUUCAUUUAGCCAAUCUGGUUUUACAAGUUGCUCAUCUCGAGAUGGUUACUACUAUAUCAAAGGCUUUGAAAGGUCUGAUGAUGAUUCGCUACUUGGUCUUAAAAAGACAAAAUGCUGUCAACGCGAUCAAACCUUCUGGACCGUUCCAACACAAUGCCAAAUGCCAAACUGGAUUGACAGGAUGGGAAGUGGUAAAGGAUGGAGCCUCUGUCCUCCUGGAUUUUUCCUUCGUGGUUUAUAUCGUGGAGAAAACCACAACAUUGGAAACAUUGAAUGGGGCAAGUGUUGCAAACCUUCUCACCAUCCAUACGAAUAUAAUGGAUGCUACAACGAAGAUGUCAGUAAUUCCUUCAACAAAGCUGGCCUCAGUGAAUGCAAACAAGAGGGACACUUCAUUGCUGGGCUUAAAACGACAUCAGGAAAAAACCAGCUGUCUAACAUUGUACAGUUCAAAUGCUGCAAAAUGGCUUCAGAAAUAUUACCACUUACGUCGAUUAAAAAACUUAAAGAGCGUGUAAUGGACACUACCAUGAAUUACCUUGGUCAGUUGGGUGGUUACCUUGGUUACGCCUGGGCAGGGGGAUGCUGGGCGCAGUACACUGGGGAGGACUUCCAGAGACAAGGAGACACCUGGGAGUCCAGUAACAGAGAUCCAUGUCUUGGAGAAGGACCAAAGAAAGAAGUUCGCUUGAAGAUUUAUUAUGGCAACUUCACUUUUGCCAUGAAAGACGUGAUAUUUGGCAAAUCUAAGACACAGACUUUUAGCUUAGAGGACGAAAAGUUUCUGCAAAGUUUCACCAGGAAGGCUAUAAAUGACAGAGAUGAACCAUACUCACCUGAAGUUGAAUUGGAAUUUAGAGUCGCUCGCACUUUGAAGAAUGUUAAGACGACCACCUGGGAUUCGAAGUUUGGUCUCGAAGUGGGUUUGGAAUACCAGCCACCGAGUACAACUGGUGGUGUGGGAUUUUCAGCUAAAACAAACUUUAAGUACGAAUGGGGCGGAGAUGAGGAAGAUUCUUCCGCGGACGAAGACUGGCACAUCAUCAAGAUAACUGAGUCAAAGGAAUUACCCAAGAGAUCUUUCUCCGAAUGGCGUGCGAUCAAAAAGCCUCAAAAAGUUACACUUCCUUAUACGGCCAAGAUUCUUCCCAAGUUUUCAGUCAUUCUGGAGGGUUACAUGAGAUGGGGAGGUGGUUAUAAUGGAGAUUCUACCAACUUUCAUUCGAAGCAUCGCGGAUCCGGCGACCGUGUAGUCGUGAAGCACAACUUUGGUGACGCUCAGAAGGCUUUUUACGAAGCAUUGAAGGAACAAAGCGAAGAGAACUUACUUCCCUGGCAAUGGCAUGCCAUGAGGCAAAGGUACCCUGCGUCCAAGGAACUCAUUGACAUCCUUACCAACGAGGAUCUGUACACAUUCACCAUGACAGGUCAGUUUGAGGAAACAACAGAGUAUGAAGUCAAGUCUACAUGGAGUGCCUCCAGGCCCAUUAAUCAGCUCAGAGAGGAUAUUGGUUAUAAUAUGACACUUCAGACAGAUGAGAACCGCAAGCCUCCAAAGUUACCGAGGAUUAAACCUCCUCCUCCAAAGGUGGAGACCAUUGACAACAGCAAUGAGAUGAAACCUCCUCCUGCUGAGCCAAUUGGAUGAUGCAAUAGUUGAACAAUCUUUCCCUGAAUAAAGAGAACUUUCACUAAUAAGAUACAAAGGAACUGUUUGACAGAAAUCAGAGGUGUCUGUUUGUUCAGAUUAUCUAGAGAAAAUUUCAGCUGGUGAUCUCUUCGGUAUGUAAAUUGAAGAACUUUUCGAUUCACCAAGCGAUGGAGGUUGCAGUAAGGAAUUAUUUUCCAUGUAAUUCUUUCAGAAAAAAAUCCUUCACUUCAC